AGACAGUGAACCGGAGACCCCAGCGCAUCCCGGCACACGCACCGUACCGGAGACUGAGGUGGGCAUCCCAGCAUCGCGCCGCUGGCAGCACAGCUCCAGGAUCAGCCCGCAGAGCCGGAGGGGAAAACACUCUUUGAUAAAAUCUUUUUUUUUUCUUUUUUUCUUUUUGGCUUCUUUUUGUUUCUUGCUUCUCCUUUGAAGGACUGGAUACGCUGCCACGUAAAAACCAACCGAAUGACUGUGUGAAAACUAUGAUCUGACAGCGGUUUGUUAAACGUGCCUGUGCUCCUGACCGGCGGCCGCUCCGCCUGCUGACCAAUGCGUCGCCUCCAAGAUCGCCGGGAAGAACAAGCUGCCUCCCGAGCCCAUCAUCUGUAUCAGAUCUGAAUUCAGAAUUUUUGCCUCGGGCCCACUAACGGGACUGAUUCCCCAGUUGUUUCAUACCACUGAGGACCUUCGGCGCCUUCUGCUCUUGUAUUUCCUCUUCAGACGGAGCCUGUUUUUUUUUUUACGCAUACGGGGAGAGAUCUGUAGUGACAGCUGAUCGACUGGCCUCUCCGCGAACACUGACCCCGGAGCUGGAGGCGGAAUCAGCAGAGGCAGAACUCAAACACUCGGUCAAUGCUCGGCCUGCGCCGGUGAUUGGGUUUGUGCGUGCGCGUCGCUCGUGGGGGGUUGCCGCGAGCCCAGCCGAAGCCAUGGUCCACUGCGCCGGCUGCGAGAGGCCUAUCCUGGACCGCUUCCUGCUCAACGUGCUAGACAGAGCCUGGCACGUCAAGUGCGUGCAGUGCUGCGAGUGCAAAUGUAAUCUGACCGAGAAGUGUUUUUCUAGAGAGGGGAGACUGUACUGCAAAAACGACUUUUUUAGGCGGUUCGGUACCAAAUGUGGCGGCUGCUCGCAGGGAAUUUCUCCGAACGACCUGGUCCGGAGGGCCCGGAGCAAAGUGUUCCACCUCAACUGUUUCACCUGCAUGAUGUGCAAUAAGCAGCUCUCCACUGGCGAAGAGCUCUACAUCAUAGACGAGAACAAAUUUGUUUGUAAGGACGAUUACCUCAGUAACAUGAGUGUAAAAGACACGAACCUCCUCUCAGUGACGGCAUGCAGCGAUCCCAGUUUAUCUCCGGACUCUCAGGACCAGCUCCAGGAUGACGUUGUCCUAAAAGACACGGAGAUGGCGGCCCUCUCCGACAAGGAGACGGUCAACAACGAGAACGACGACCAGAACCUGGGCGGAAAGCGGCGCGGCCCUCGGACCACCAUUAAGGCCAAGCAGCUCGAGACCCUGAAGGCGGCGUUCGCUGCCACCCCGAAACCCACACGACACAUCCGGGAGCAGCUGGCUCAGGAGACCGGCCUCAACAUGAGGGUCAUCCAGGUCUGGUUCCAGAACCGACGUUCCAAAGAGAGGCGUAUGAAGCAGCUGAGCGCGUUAGGCGCGCGGAGGCACGCGUUCUUCCGGAGCCCGAGGCGGAUGAGGACGUUAGUGGACCGACUGGAGCCUGGUGAGCUCAUCCCCAACGGGCCCUUCUCCUAUUAUGGAGAUUAUCAAAGUGAGUACUACGGCCCAGGAGGGAACUACGACUUUUUCCCUCAGGGCCCUCCAUCGUCACAGGCCCAGACACCAGUUGAUCUACCCUUCGUCCCCUCCUCGGGCCCCACAGGCACCCCUCUCGGGGGUAUGGACCACCCCCUGCCGGGCCACCACCCUUCCAGUGACGUACAACGCUUCUCUGAUAUCAUGUCUCACCACCCAGGGGACUCUCCCAGCCCAGAGCCUGGAAUCCCGGGGCCCUUGCACAGCAUCUCUUCUGAAGUGUUUGGCCCUAGUCCGCCCUUUACCUCACUGUCACUGAAUGGCAGCGGAUACAACAACCACCUGUCUCACCAAGCCUCAGAAAUGAACGAGGGCACUGUGUGGUAGCUUUCUGGCACAGAGGACUAAAAGCCAGACAUUCACAGACAGAGGAUGUUGUUGUGGACCCUCAGAGUAGGGUCCAGGAAAAUGACAGGGUUAGGGGCAACUUUAUAGACUGUUUUUUUUUUUUAAAUAUAUUUAUUUAUUUAUGUUCCAUUUUCUCAUUUUAUUCAUUUUUUUUUCUUGAAAAACUGAUGACUCAUAAAAUUGUGCUAAAAACAUGGUGUUCAUUAUUGUAUGUGUGUGGGUGGUUUAAUGGCUUUUUUUUAUUUAAUCCAUCACCCAUACUCAUCCAGAAAACCUUAUUUACAAAAGAAAAAAAGUAACUGGCCAGGACUGAUAAACAGCCCCCGUCCUGCUUUAUUUGGACCCACAGGAUGCCCUGUUGCCCCUGCUGUUUCCUGUCAGUGGCCCCCUGCAACCAAAUCCCUUCACACUUACAAGUGCGUUGAAAAAGAGACAAACAACACAGCCGUUUUUUGAGAAAACUUCUGUUGUAGGUCUCAGACAUGAAAAAAUGUUUUGCUACUGUCAAAGACUUGGAUAGCUUUACAGAGAGAAGGAAGGGACUGAGGGUCGCUGACCUGCCUAAGUGGCAUUCAGACUGUGUCAGAGGCACUCUGAUUGGGUCCCUGCAUAUUCACACACUCCUAAGACCUCUCGGCCUCUCAAGGCUCUGCCAUACUGAUCUUUUCACAAAGCAUUGCUGAAGGCCAGGGAACACUUCAGUUUAUUCACUGCAAAAGGCCUCUGUGUUUGUUUUAAUUUCACUAAUUCCACCAAAUCUGAGGACUGUUGCCUUCAAAAUGCAGUAAAACCAGUUCAACACCCUAGUGGACUGCAAGCCCUUUAUUUAAAAUGGAGAUGAACUUGAAAUAUUGAAAUGAAGUCUACCUUCUAAAAAUACUCUACUGGGGUUCUAAGUAGGACUUCAAACAGUCAACUGUUUACGUAAUCUAAGAAAUUCAGGAGUCCAGAAGUCUCGACACGUUUUAGAACCUCUUGAUCAUUAUAAAAAUGUUCCAAGCAACCAACCAAACUUUUGUAUUGAUUUCAUUUAUAUUGUAUGGAGAUAAAAAUCCAUUUGCUGGGGUUGUGCUUCACUGUGCUAGUUUGUACAAGAUGUUGUUUACAGAAAAAUGGGGGGGAAAAGUACAAUAAAAACUAAAGAAAAGUAGACAUUUGCCAAAUUUUAAAUUGUAGCACAAAUACUGUUAAAGUGCUUUGCACUUGUCACGGUUUGUGUUUGGACAAAUUCUAAGUGUUAAAGAGGAGAAAUUGACUUUGAAUUAUUUUUAGUCUGCUGACAAUGCAGUGUUAAUAUAAACAUAUUUAGGUUUUAUUUUUGUGUCAUCAAAGAAGAAAAAUCCAAACUAUUAAAAAUUGAUGGUCAAAUAUGCAGCUGUCAGUUGCUACAUCUCUUUGAGUAUGAAGCCCUCAUGAUAUGUCUUUUAUUGUUUCAAUAAACCGAAGCUUAUGUGACCUCCAGUGCAUAUUAGACCAUUCACUGUAUAAAUUCAACAUGUUGACAGAAUUGUAUUGCUAAUAAACUAGAAAACAUA